UCAAUUCGGCUAUACCUCUAUUUCGCUCAUCAUCCCAUCAUCUCUUCAUUCCCAGCGUACUGUCGACGUCAAAGUCAAUAUAAUAGAAGACAAGCCCGCUCCAGCCCUACCUGAUUAUGUUCUAGACCCCGAUGCCGUCCUCAAGGACGAUAUUGCUUGGAGAUAUAAGCGGGCGCCAGAUUACUCGAAAACACGAAAGGUUUACAAAGAAGGUAUAUCUAAAUAAGGAUUCAGACUUUGCAAAAAGCUACAAAACCUUUAAGAGGAUAAUGCCAACAUUCGCAUGGGAAGUAAUAGAAGUAUAUAGUGGUCCACCUAUGGUGGUAUUUAAAUGGAGGCAUUGGGGACAGAUAGUUAAUAAUUAUAUUGGUGUAAAUGAGAAAGGGGAUAAGGUCACUGUUAAAGCGCACAACGGACCUAUCGAUAUUAAGGGGAUAGUUAUUAUAAAAGUGAACAACAAGCUCCAAAUCCAGUCUAUUAAGGUUUGGCAGAAUCCUAUAGAGAUAUUUAGGCAAAUUGCUAAGAACGGAGAUAUUAUUAUUACUCCACGAGCGGACGCUAAUAUAACAAGUAAUAGAGAUGAAGGAGAGGAACACAUAUCCGCGUGUCCGAUUACUUAUUAG